GCCUUAGUAUUGCGCGCCAAAAAAUUAGAAGCAAACCUAGCGAACAGGAUUUUUAACCUUAAAGAAAGCUUCUUAAAUAUAAUCACUAGUUAAAAUCAAUCAAAAAUAAAUUAAAUUCUGAUAUUGUUUUUAUUUUCACCAUUUUCUUUCAAAAAGUGAAAUUAGUUACAGGGGUGGGUUGGGGUGAAGUCAACACCAAACCGAGGCUGCCUCUCAGUGGCGCGAAGGACAAAUUAUUUUUGUGAAAUGAAAAUCAUGAAUGUCAUAAAGAUCUAAUCAUAAUUUAAUACAAUGCGGCGUUCCGCGGCUCCAUCCGUGAGAGCUGCCAAAAGAAUGAAGUUUUGCACUCCGUUUCUGGCUGGAAGCAAGGAAAAUACAACAGGAAACUCGACGAGUGCAACAACAGUUUCGCUCGCCAAACAAUCAAAUCCAAAUCAGAUGCCCAGUGACAGAAUCAGUUGUGAAGUUUCCGAGAUUGACCAAGCCAUGCUAAGUCCUUGCACCAGUGAAAAUGACUUUAAAGGCGCUACAAAUAGUGCAAUUCCAACAAAUUGUGCAAACUUAUUGAAACCUGAGGACAAAUUAAAGGUUAAUAACCUUAGACCUCUUUCACGCACUCCAGUGACUAGUAGGUCAGAACCUUUCAAAUGCCCUCUUCAACAUUCUUCCACAGAAAAUGUUCCUUCUGCAAUUUCUGAUGGAAAGGAAAGUACUUACCUCUAUUUUAAUGUUGUUUGGGGAAAGAUGUCAAAGAAAAAGCAUAAAAAGUGGGAAGGAGAUGGUAUACUAAUUACAAAAGGGAGAACUGCAUCUUUGAAAGAUCUGGAAGGAAAGGAGAUUGCCAAAGGUACCGGUUACAAGUCAUCUGAACUAGAAUCUCUUCAGGAGGGGAACACGCUUUGUAUUGGUGGAAAAGAGAUAGAGGUUAUGAGCUGUCUAACUGCUGAGGAUUAUCUAAGUGGGAAAUGCUUUCAGCAACCUGCAGUCUCAUCCCCUCCAGUAAUACACAUACUCUCCAGGCCACCUUCUAAACAAACAGGUUUGCACAAGCCUUUCGUUUGCAACGUGAAGACAGAUGUGAAAGCGGAAACCCGGAAGGCUGUGACGUCACGUCAUGACGUCAACUCCCCUGGAGCUCUUGUCAUGCCUCGGCCCAGUGCUUCUCAUCAGCUCGAACACAAUCAAGGGGGACUGGAUAUCAUAGACGUUGUGGUGGACCCACAUUUGUCGCAGCAUCUGAGGCCCCAUCAGAGGGAAGGUGUGGUGUUCCUUUACGAGUGUGUGAUGGGGUUAAGGAAUUUCAACGGAAACGGUGCAGUUUUAGCGGACGAUAUGGGACUGGGUAAAACUCUUCAGUGCAUUUCUUUGAUAUGGACGCUUCAUAAACAAGGCGUGUACGGUGGACAUCCUUCAAUCAAGCGAACACUCAUUAUAACACCAGGAAGUCUCGUCAAGAAUUGGAGUUCUGAGUUCCGCAAGUGGCUUGGUAACGAGAGGCUGAAAGUCUAUACUGUCAACUCCGACAAGAGAGUCAAGGAGUUUAUCAACAGUCCUCUUUAUCCAGUGAUGAUUAUCAGCUAUGAGAUGUUCCUACGCUCAGUAGAAGAAGUCAGAGACAUAAAAUUUGGACUCGUUAUCUGUGAUGAGGCACACAGGUUGAAAAACACCGCGAUUAAAACUGCUACGAUGAUUUCUGGGCUCAAGACAAAGCGGCGGAUUCUUCUUACGGGAACUCCAGUGCAGAAUGACCUCAAAGAAUUUCAUUCACUCAUCGAUGUGUGUAAUCCAGGGAUUCUUGGUACACAAUCAUCUUUUCGCCGAUUGUACGACGAACCCAUUGUCCGGGGACAGCAACCUGAUGCCAGUAGUGAGGAGAAACUACUAGGUCAAUUUAGAGCUGCUGAGCUCAAUAGGUUGACGAGUUUGUUUUUCUUGAGGCGGACAGCAGAGGUCAACAGCCGCUAUCUUCCUCCUAAAGUGGAAUCAGUCGUGUUCUGUCGGCCCAGUCUUCUUCAGCUUUCACUGUAUCGCCAUCUUCUUACAUCGCGUGCUGUGCGGUCAUGUCUGACGUCAUAUUCCUUUGGAGGGUCACGACACUUGGUGUGCAUUGGUGCUUUAAAAAAACUGUGCAAUGAUCCCAGCCUCAUUUAUUCACAAUGCCAAGAGGCAAAAGAGAUAGCUGACAGUUGGGACAUGGAUGAGACUCAGGACACGUCUGUGUUUGAAGGCCUUGAUCGUUCGUUUCCCAAGGAUUACAAGCCUGAUCACUUCACCACAGACCACUCAGGAAAACUUCAAGUUCUUAGUCACAUACUGGCUCAGAUACACCGCCAAGGAGAGAGAGUGGUGCUUGUGUCAAAUUACACUCAGACUCUUGAUUUACUUCAAAAGCUCUGUAAGAACAGAAGUUAUGAAUUUCUUCGACUGGAUGGUAAGACACCGACAAGCAAACGACAAUCACUGGUGGAUCGUUUCAAUGAUAAGCACUGCAAAAUCUUUGUAUUUCUGUUGAGUUCUAAAGCUGGUGGAGUGGGAUUGAAUCUGAUUGGAGCAUCGAGGCUUGUCCUCUUUGAUAUUGACUGGAAUCCAGCCAAUGAUAUACAGUCAAUGGCAAGAGUGUGGAGAGAUGGUCAGAAAAAGACAGUUCAUAUUUAUCGUCUCUUGACAACGGGAACCAUUGAAGAAAAGAUAUACCAGCGUCAAACCGCCAAGCAAGGGCUGAGUGGAACGGUGGCUGAUGCUAAGGAGGCUGUAAAAGUUGAAUUUUCCCGCGAGGAUCUUAAGGACUUGUUCACGCUACAUGAGAACACCUUGUGUCUUACACACGACCUCCUGCAGUGUAACUGCGUGACGUCAGAGGUUGAAAGUGACGAGGAAUGUCAAUCAGAGCCAGCAGCCAAUCACCAAUCAAGCCGUCACGCCACCAGGCCCUGUCAGCUAAGAUGUGAUAACAACAGCAGCCAGAAAACUCUGUCGAUAGCAGAGUUAAUGGAUUGGCAGCACUUUCCAUCUCCAAGCAUUCCUGGCUCAGACUUUGAGGACGAUGCUGUAACAGAGGCUGGCAACACGGUGUCAUUUGUGUUUAGAACCAAGACAUUUGGACAGGACACAACGCAGCAAAGCCGGUCGUAAUACAAUAAAGGGUUUACUUGGAAUAUGGUUCUUUUACCAAAAUCAAAUGUGGUAAGCCGUGAAAAACACGAAUAUACAAAAUGGUGAAAUGUUUGUUAUUUCGGUGAAAGGUUAAUAAAAGGUCAGCCACAAAAAUGAUUAUUGUGUGUUAAUCACUGCUGGUGGGUGUGUAUUACUUGGUGACAAGACUUCCCAUUCCUAGACUCAAAACUCUCUCCGAUUAUAAGACCCCUCCCCGGUCUGAUGUAACCCCAGAGGGGUCUGGUUAACACAGGUUAGAUUUAGCUUUGAGAUGAUGAGCGAUUGUUGGACUGGGUAAAGCAUAAUAGUGUGAUUCGUUAGUGGUGAACAAUCAAUUAGGACCAAAUGGAAACAACAAGAGUUCAAGCUCUGGCUUUUGUUGGGUAUGAAAAUCUGCUCUGUCAGCAACUCGUGGACUGUUGCGCAAUUUUAGUUAACUCAAAUUCUUCUUGAAAGUCGUGCAGAGUUUUUCUCUUUUUUCUUCCCCACUCCCGCGCUGACACUUAAAGAAAACUGUCAUGCAACUCUCAUGGAUCACUCUUGGUGAUUCUCGUUCUUGUUUGGGCUCAGUAGGCUUGACAACAAUCUUUGUAUUUUUAAACAUGAAUCAUCGCCUACAAAUAGUACAAAUCGGCACAGAAAUCAAGUAAUCUGCAAAAUUGGUUGGCAGAACUCUUCAACGCGCCUUUGUCUCUGUUUGGUCUACUUUGUCAUGAGAAUAUCCUCAAAAUAUAUUAGAUCCGCGUAAAUGAAGUGGUAAAUGAAUUUAGCGUCGAGUGUCCCGC